AUGACUGUCGGGAAGUACCACGUUGUUAAUCCCAACGAAGGCCACCCUUUACCGGACUCUCAUAAAAUAACUGUUCGGGUGACAUCACCUCAUGGGAAUAGCUAUCACUACUCGGACCAUGUUGUCGAGGGGCAGUUUGCGUUUCAAGCGGUUGAAGGAGGUGAUUACAUGACUUGCUUUUUCUCAGCUGAUCACAAGCCUUCUACUACUAUGACCAUCGACUUUGAUUGGAAAUCUGGAGUGGCUGCCAGAGAUUGGACGAAUAUUGCCAAGAAAGGUUCAGUUGAAUUAAUGGAAUUAGAACUGAAGAAAAUGUUCGAUGUUGUUCAAUCCAUUCAUGAUGAGAUGUUUUAUCUACGUGAAAGGGAAGAAGAAAUGCAGGAACUUAACAUAUCUACCAACUCCAAAAUGGCUUGGUUGAGUGUUCUGUCAAUAUUUGUAUGCUUAACUGUGGCAGGAUUGCAGCUAUGGCACUUGAAGUCUUUCUUUGAAAAGAAGAAACUCAUCUAA